CUUUAAACAGUUUAAAAACCACGAGGAGGUAAGCGAAGAACCUGCUGUGCCACUGGAUUCUGUAUUUACCACUUUGCUAAAGAGAGCCUAUGAGAGAGGAAGCAAGACCCUGCUGGAAGGUGGUGUUCAGACAAAAUUGAGAGACUUGGCUUCCUGGCUCCCACCUGACCAGCUUUUGUUGGGAGUAAAGCACGUGCUCUUAUACCUGAAAUCCACAGUGGAGAACUUCAGCAGUGUAAGAGCAAUAUUGUAAUAAUAUUGUGCUUAUGUUUGGUUUAUUUUCACUUAGAAGUUACAAAUGACUUAGCUGUUAAAACUUAGGUUCCAGUUCUGUAGCUCUUUUUUCUGUGCUUGUCUCUUAGGCUACGCAGGGCCAUACAAAACUGCACCUAGUUUGUAAACAAGUGUCUGUUCUAAUUAUUGAGGAUUUGCUUUGGAUUUACUUUGCAUGGGUUACCUUGCUGAUCGGUGUGAGUGCAAAUAAACUCGAGAUUUUAAUCCAGCUCCUGGGUCUCCCUAAGAAGCCUUUGCAGAGAGUAAAAUUCACUGGCCUGUGUAGCUCCAAAUGUCACAGUAUAAAUGAAAUUCUAUCACUAUUUAUUUGGCAACCUGAGACUUCGCUUAGAAUCGGGUUUCUACAUAGGGAGGUGGUUCCUUCCCCCAGAAGAGGUUGUAAUCUAAGUAGUUCUUAGUUAACUCCUGUUCCUGUUGAAUAAUUACCCUUCUGCUCCCAUCCUCCUCUUUUCUGCACUUGCAAGAUGCCUUUAUUUUCAUAGCUUGGUAAAGCUUUGGGUCCUCAGCUUGUUGACCUCUGUGUGGACACGCUGAGCAUCUUGUUGUGCCGGGGCAAUGAAAUGAAGCCGGAGCAGCGGCAGAAGCAGGAAGAGCAUCAGGCUGACGGGAUCUCUUAAUGGAUGAGGAGUCUCUGAUGACAGGAGUGUCUUCAGAUGACAAGACCCUGGAGGAUACGCUCACCUCAAUUUUCAGACAUCCUACACUGGAGAGCUGGUUCCUGGCGUUGGAGCUGCGCUCUAUUCCUCAGCCUGGUCUGAACCCUGUCACUGUGAAGCUCCUGUCAGCUCACCUCAAUUCUGGGGUGCUCCAGCUGCUGACAGCAGGCGCCCCCGUCCUGCAGAGCAUCACGAGGGAUCACAGACACGUCUUGUCCGAGUAUUUCGAAGCCAUCACCAAAAGUGUCCUGGAAGAGCUGCAGACUGUGGGGAAGGACAGAAGCCAGGAACUCCCACCAGCUGCAGGCUCUGGAGGAGCUGCACGUGUACAUGACUGCAGCUGGGCUGAAGGAGAUCACUUUACCCAUGCUGCAACUUCCUGAGAUGGGCUCGACUUCUCAGAAAUCUGAAAAAUCCCCUAAAAUAGGGAAGCAGUUAAGCUUCUGUGGACAAAUUUUGGUGCAGCUCCUUACAGACGGCUACCAAAGACAUCCCCAGCAAGGAGCACUUCUGCUGUCUGCAGAGCACGUUAAGGCUUUGGGGAAAUUGGUGUCAGCAUCGGCCAGCACCGAUUUGGAGCGAGGUUUCCUUCAGGCUCUCCGGAGUGAGCCAGUCCUUGCUCUCGCAGGUGCUGUCGAGGUGCAGGCUCACUGCCUUGCCCAGUGCUCACACACCUCCCUGGCCACUGCAGCCAUGCUGAUCCAGCACUCCAGGACUCACCUGCUGCAGUUGGAGCUCUGGUGUCUGAGCACUGCCACUGGGAAGUACCUGAGGAACCACAUGGACAGCUUUCUUCCACUCAUUCAUGUGUAUUUGCAAUGCAGAGACCUGUAUGGUUUCAGCCGACCUUCCGCAGGUAAAGGCACGCUGAGCCCUGCCAGGGAUGCAGAGGCCACAUUCCCUGUUCAGGAUCUGCUGGCCUUGAGGGCUGGCCAUGUUCACACCACAGGUAAAGGUGACAAGACUUAGACGUCUGAGCUCUAGUGACUGUCUUGGAAGUACCUCUGCAGCACUAAGGGUGAAGAGCUGUUCUGAGGCUUGCCUGUUAGAUGGAAGCCAAGUGCUCUUACAG